AUGUUUGGCGGCAGUUCAAACUCGGCGGGUUCCAAAUCCGAGACUAGCGCCGUAUCUGAUUCGAGUAGCAACCGGAGAGACAAAUCCGGCAGCAAGUCGCCUUCCCCAGAGAAAGACGCUGUCAGCGCCGACCCCGACUCACCAUCCUCGAUCAAGAACUCGAAUCAGACUGGGAACGUUGAGAAGCGGACCGGCAAUGGCAGCCCUCCUAGCGCAGCCAGUUCCACAGAGCAGAAGAAACGACGGAGUAGUGGGGUGAGCGGCCGAGCCAGCAGCCUGAUGGCCCAAGCAAAAAACACCUUCUUUACCCAGGUUGGGAGUCGUACCAACAACGAUCCGGGUGCUGACACAAAGUCGUCUAACCAGACUCCUUUGCAAAAGCUCGGCAAGCAGGACCAAACUCUUGCUGUACCCCAAGGCCAGCACAACAAUGCCGCUGGCCAGUCAAUGCCGGGCCCUCGAUCGACAUUCAGAGUCGGGGUCUGGGAAGAUCGGAAUAAGAAAUGUAGGCGCACCAUGGAGGACACGCAUGCCUUCCUCUACAACUUUCUACACACUCCGGCUCCUGCGCUUGGAACCGAGAGCGGUAGCCAAAAGCAGACAAAGUCUGCAAACGACGGUGAAGUUGCAAACGAGACUCAAGGACAAGACGUGAUGGAGACCGAUAACGGGUAUUUUGCAAUCUUUGACGGGCAUGCUGGUACCUUCGCCGCGGAUUGGUGUGGAAAGAAGCUGCACAUUAUACUUGAAGACAUCAUUAGGAAAAACCCAAACUCCCCUAUACCGGAGUUACUCGACCAGACCUUUACAGCCGUCGAUGCACAGCUGGAGAAGCUACCGCUCAAGAAUAGCGGCUGCACGGCCGCCAUCGCCGUGCUUCGCUGGGAGGACAGAGUGCCCAGCAGCUUGUCAGCUACUGGGUCUCAGGCUAUCGCGCCAGCUGUAGCCAAAGCAGCGGAAGAGGCUUCCAAAACUGACGAGGCGAAGCUGAGCGAGAGCUCAUCGAUGGUGACUCCGGAAACCGCCCAUGCAAGGUUAAAAAGUACGGCAACAAGGCAACGCGUUCUUUACACGGCGAAUGUUGGAGACGCGCGCAUCAUCCUCUGUCGUCAGGGGAAGGCCCUUCGGCUGUCGUAUGACCACAAGGGUAGCGACGAGAACGAGGGCAAGCGAAUUGCCAACGCUGGCGGUUUGAUACUCAACAAUCGCGUCAAUGGCGUACUUGCCGUCACCCGGGCCCUUGGCGACACAUACAUGAAAGAUCUGGUGACUGGUCACCCUUAUACCACCGAGACCGUCAUUCAGCCGGAUUUGGACGAGUUCAUCAUUAUCGCUUGCGAUGGGCUGUGGGAUGUCUGCUCUGACCAAGACGCAGUAGACCUCGUUCGUCACAUCCAGGAUCCAGUGGCAGCAGCCAAAUUACUGGUCGACCACGCCCUCUCCCGCUUCAGCACUGAUAACUUGUCUUGCAUGAUUAUUCGCCUGGACAAGGAGGCUCUGCUGGACCAUCAAAACAAGAAGUCUAGCGCCAUCGGGGUUGAGGGAGAUGCUGCCAACGUCUCAGGCAAGGUCAGCGAGGUUGACAAGAUUGUGAGCACAACCAUCGCCAAGAUAUCCGAGGGUGGCACGCCUGCGGUGGGCAUUUCUGCCAGCAACAACGGUCAAGGCCAUGAUCCUGUUCCGCAGGAGGAUGGCGACGCUAGUUUCACGCCGACGGUGAUUGAGGGCCCCGUGAAGGAGGAGCCAGCCUCGAUCGAGGAUUCACCCGACGCCGCUAUGGAUCAGCCAGGAGACUUGCUGAGAGACUCAGAUAAGAAUUCACCACCGAAGAGUUCCUAG